AUGUCACAGCUAGUAACCCAACUUUAUGAUCCAGCAAACCAGCGAAACCCCACCACUAUAAAUGAGAUUCAGACGCGACUACAACAUUUACAAAAAGGAGAAAAUGCAUGGGAGAUCGCAGACUCAUUACUGCGCCAACCCUCAGCUCAUCACAGGUUUAUGGGUGCUCUCACUUUCACCGUAAAGGUUAACGUGUCAGGAGAUGAUCUCGACGAGCCGACCAGUUGGCAAAUUCUGGAACGUCUCAUCAACCAUUUCAUCGCCAUCGUUGACCAGGGCGAACAAUUGAUGGUAGUCAGGAAACUUGCUUCUAGUCUUGUCACUAUUUUUCGACACAAAGCAAGUUCAUGGAAGCGAGCGAUUUGGCAGUUGGCCGCGAGUCUUGCAAAUGGCGGAUAUGUCUCUGAAUCAAAUGCCCAAACGGUUGACUUUUUAACCGGAGUCCUGCCAGCCCUGAACACACAAAAAGCCACAGCAUUGGUGUUUUUUUCGGUCGCAUUGGCUGAGGAGGGGUUGAGAUUACAAAUGGAGCCCCAGCUCGCGGGGUGGGUUAUCCUGCGAUUAGUGGAAAAUAUCGAGGAUGCUUUCUUGCUUGUUCAAUAUAUUAUUCAACAGAUAACGACCCAUGCCUCCGAGGCUAGCAGUGAUUCUUUAGAGGCUACCCUCAGCAACGAAGUUAUGGGAUCUUGGAAGACCUGGCUUGGUGUGUAUGGGAACCACCGCAAUUCCGACAAUAAGCAGGCUCAAAACCUCGCAAUUGCAUGUGGCCAAGAUGUUAUUGAGAUACUGAAGCUGCCCAGCUUCAGUGAGAAUGCAGCGUCCGUUCUGACAUCAGCCCUUGAGAAUCGCUCUUGGGCCUUCGACAACCACUCCACAUUUUCUCUCUCCCAGAUUCUUUCCGACUCCAUCGUGACCAGACAUCUCGUUUCAUUUACCGGUGAAGAUGGCGAUACCGAUAACAUGACAUACGUUGAUCUUCUAGUGGCCUACGUCUCACAUGUUAGUUUUGAUCUUUUCAGUGACCCCAUGAAACAUCAAAACUCUCAAAUACUUGCCAUCUUGCACAACAUCUUUAAGAUACCAGGCUAUGCGGCCAUCGACGAGUCAGCUACGACCCGUGUCUUAGAGUACUGGGGCGACAUUGCAGAGUACCUUCCAGACCGACUGGAGCCGUCGGAAUCUCGAUACCAAAUAGUAAGAUCCCAGCUGGCCGAGGUUGUGCUUGGCAUGUUCAAUAAGCUUCUUUAUCCUACCCAUGAUGAGAUUGCGGAUUUCAGUGAAGAGGAUCGGAGUGAAUUCAAUGCAUUCCGCCACGAAGCAUGCGAUUAUUUGCUUUCAGCAUACCCAAUACUGGGUAUCGAGCUUGUGAGUGUUUUCCAAGAGAGUGCUACGGGUCACUUGCAAAAGCUAGACUGGAGAGGCUUCGAGGCUGCUAUGUUUUGCCUUGCUCAGCUAUCAGAGGCCGUCGAUGAGAACGGACAUGCAGAUCAAUGUUUGGAUUCCAUCUUUGGCAGUGAGGCCUUUGCACAACUGUGUCUUGGAGGUGAAACAGGGAUCCCUCUCAAGGCACGUCAAACGCUCGUUGAUUCGUUUGGUAAAUACGAAUCAUAUUUCGAGCGACACAGCUACCUCUUGCCCGGUGUUUUGAACAUUUUAUUCGAGUCAUUGAGCUUUGAGUCAUGUGCACAACCGGCCUCAAGGUCUAUUUUGACCCUUUCAAAAUCAUGCUCUCGUAUGCUGACCACCGAGCUUCCUACCUUCCUCGAUCGAUUGGACCAAUUUCGGAGCAAGCCGACGGCAACCGUUUCUACUAUGCCCAAAGUUCUUGAGGGUAUCUCAACAAUUAUACAAAAAUUAGAUUCGGACCAAGAAAAAGUACAAACACUAGAGAGAAUUCUGGGAUUCUUUGUUCAGGAAGCCAACCAAGCUCGCCAAGAGGCCGCUAGCUCUGGAUACGAUAUUGCUCGUGUCCAUGGACAUUUUGUGCUUAGUUGCAUCGCCAGUGUUGGAAAGGGUCUUCGUUCCGACGGGGACGAGGUUAUCAACAUCGACGCUGCAGAAGAGCAAAAUCCCUUCCCUCCCUCCUUCUGGAAUGCCGGGCCUGGGUCUCCAGUACAGCAACUUAUUAUGGAAGCGAUGCGAUUGCUUAUCGUAGAUUUCCCCGUUGACAGCGGUAUAAUCGACUCAGCUUGCGAUAUUCUCAAAGCUGGAUAUACUGAGUCCUCUGGUCUCUUCGUUUUCCCUCCAUCGUUGACAGUUGAUUUCAUCAAAAGUUUUCCGCUUGGAAUCUCUGGCACCGAUGUCAUCAUGGCCACUGCAUCCUCAUUCCUUGCAUCACACAGCUCUCAUCCAAUGCAAAUUAGAGAUCAGGCCGUGCAGCUGAUUGCUCAUGUGUCUCAGCUAUUUGCUUCGAUGCUUGACAACCCUGAUGUUUAUGAUCCCGAGACUGCUAAUGCGGGGAUAGAUUUCCUCGCACGUCUCCUACCAAAAUAUUACCCCAUCCUGUUCUCCCUGACCGAACCUCUUCCAACUGCCUCUGGCCCCGUCUCGCAAGGAACUCCAAUAUUCGCCCUUUUACUACAGUUUACUCUCAACGCACUCAGACGACCAGAACCACUUGUUCUUCGUUCGGGAUCGGCCUUUUGGAUCGCUCUAAUUGAUCUACAAGGUGGAUCUCCCGAAGAAACCGCGGCCCUGAAUGAAGUUCUAGAGCGUUUCAUCCCAUCGCUGUGCGAAACAUUGAUCGGACAAAUUGCAGGACACUGUGCACGGUCCGAUUUGACAUUUUUAAGUGACGUUCUACGACGAACUAUCUUCAAGAAAAUGGCAUUGGCUCGACCAAGCCUCAAAGCUGCGCUAGGUGCUUUAAAUGCGCAGGAUACCGAUGCCAACGGUAAUCAAACGCCGGUACUCUCGGAACAUGCUAAGUCCCGGUUUGUAGAAUCGCUCGUUGUUGCUAGAGGCGCAAGACCACAAUCAUUAGAGAUCGUUCGAUCCUUUUGGUUGAAGUGCCGUGGCAUGGCCUUUGAUUAUGCGCAGUGA